AUAUAUAAUUUGUUUGUUUGAACCUUUAUCUGCAUCAGUCGGGCGAUAAUACAGACUGAGAUAAUAUGACAAAACCAAUUUUUAGACCGUUAUCCGUUCAAGUUAUACUACAAGUUAUGUCACUGUGUCUUUUGUAUGUGUCUGUUGGUCAGGGCUUUGUAAUUUCUUCAACUUCCUCUAGAGCGGAAUUAACGGAAAAUUAUGAAAUGACGUCACUUCCCCCUCAGCCAAAGGAUAACACCAGUGUCAUGGAAAAUAACAACAAAAGAAAUCCAAACAUAUCAACAUCAGUAUCAAACAGCAGCAUACCUACUCAGGUUAGAACAAGUCAAAUAAACAAUGGCGAUCUUCAUCCGGAUCAAAAGCCUCUUAAAAUUCUAACAACGGAAGUACAAAAUGUACAAGUUCAAAAUAUCCAUAAAAUCUUACUUCAUCUGAAUUUGAUGUACGAAAUUGUCCAGAAUAUACUUAAUGCGAGCUAUAUUGAAAAACAAAAUACGAGACCGGGUGAGGAUGUUUUAGAAUUCGAAAGAAAUGACGUAAUAUCCAGCACUAUUUCCAAUGAAACGCGAAUAGCUGACGACCCACAAGAAGACAAAGAAAGGCGGGUUAUUAGAUCUACGUCGCAUGUACACGAAUCAAUACUAUUCCCUUCUGUGACACCAACUUCCACGAGUAAUUUUUCGUCAAUGGAAAGUAGUGGAACACUAGAAAACUUAAAACCUAUUCAAAAUUCCAACUUAUCAUCACUUAGAUCUGAUGACAUUUCUGCUCAAACUGUGACGGAAGUACACUCUACUUCCGAAAACCAUUUAGAUUUGAGGACAAACAGAACAGAAGACCUGCGGUCCAAUCCAACUGCUGCGACGAAUGUUACUAAUUCGCAGACGGAUAAUUUUGGCCUUUGUCAUCUGCUAACUUUGGCUACACUAUCCAAUUUUAAAAAUGAAAGUGAAACUAGGAUUUAUGGUUUGAAAGCUAAUUCGUGUCAUCCCAGAGUCUUAGACCAAGCCUAUUUGAAUGAUUCAAUCCAACGUCUACUAGAAAGUCUAAUUGACAUUGAAUAUCAAGCUGAUAUUUUACGAAAAAAUAUAGUUGACAAGCAUAAAUUGGACACAGAUUCUGCAUUAUUGAAUUAUGUCAAUGAUCAUGGCUGUGUAUCGAAGUUUCCACUAGAUAGCGAGAUAACCGCUGAAAAUGGAACCCAGGAAAUAUACGAGUCUCUUGUCCAAAUUUAUGCACUUCUCGACAUGACAAGCAAAGAAUUCGAAGAUAUUGCAAAUGGCGUCCAAUCCAUACAAUUUAAGGAUGUACAAAAAGAGAUUGAAAAGUUACAGCAGCAGAUACUGAAAGCACUUUGUAAUGCAGAUUUACUGUUGAGAAGCAAGGGCGUUCCCAUGCCGGAUUUUCCAAUAUAUAUAAAAAGAGAAGGGAGUAGCAUGUUUAAUUCAAGAUUAUUUUUUGAGAUGAAUUUAUACGCGAACUUGAAUAGAAUACACGAUUAUUUACAAGAAGUCAAAGUCGCAGGGACACAGACUCUGUCAUCACUUUUAAUUGAUUUUUAAUUUUGAGCAGUGAUUGUUGAAUUAUAACGGGUUGGCGUGAAUUGUAUUUUGGAUGUGAUUAAUUUUUUUGGCAUUAUUUUAUUAAGCAAUGUUAGACGCUUUAUAUAUAUCAUAAAUUUUGUCUCAGGGAUGAAUAUGAUGUUGGCAUUAUUUUAUGCAUUUUUCUCGUAAAAUUUAAAAUGGCAUUAUUUUUUCAGCUUUUUUCUCACAGACUAGUACAUAGUGCUAAGUUGUAAUUUUUUUUUAUUUUAUGUUAUAAGAUUUAAUAUAACACCUUUACAUGUUAGUUAUAUAAAUAUAUUUUGUACAAGUUUUUUUUACAAAGAGAAUUAAAUCAUUUAUGAUGUGCAUGCUAGUGAAAUUGAUAUCUAGAUUGUUUUAAAUAAUUGUUUUAAUUGCCUGAAAGACCUGUUCAGUUGAUAAUAUUAUCAGAACAAAUAUUGAUUUUAUUUUUUAUCUGAACAUGCCUGAAUAAUCAUAUUGUUUAUAUUGAUUUCAUUUUUGCAUUUGAUCAUGCAUGAAUAUACAUAUUGUUUAUAUCUGAUAAUGAAUAUUUAUAUUAUUUACAUGUAUAUCUGAUUAGGAACCUUUAUUUUUUUUUACGAGAUCAGUCAUCAUCAUGAGUCUAUUUUGAAAGAUUUUUUUUGAUACGUAUAUAUUUUUUUAAUACUUUUUAACUCAUUAUAUCGCUCGUCUUUUUUGACGGCAAACAAGUGAAACAUGCAGGUAGC